GCAAAUAAGCCAUUUAUCUAAACGAGCCCUUAAUUAUGGAUCGACUGAAGCCAAUUGGUAGGCCCACUUAUUGGGUCCACCAUUUUGAUUCUGAGUAUAAAUAAAUAUUGAAUUUCAAAACCGUAGUUUAGUUUUCAGCGCGCAAACGAGAAAGUGCUUAAUUUGAAAAUGGAGUUUUCCUCAUCUCAGAAACUUUGCUUGCACUUAAUUUCUUCAGCAUAUCAGCGAUGCCGAUUAUCGGAGCAGAUUUGCAGACUCUCAGUUAUUCUCACUCGCUCUUCAUCUUCCAGUCCUUCUCUUCGAAUUUCCAUCUCUGAUACUGGCAUUGGAAGCAGCUUAGAGGAAUUUCAAAACUUGAGAGUUUCUUUCACAAAUGCUGCUGACAAUUGGGAUGGAAUGCUUUCUAUCAAAACCACCAGUAUCAAUGAUAGCGAGAUACAUAAUUAUCAGAUAAAUCUGAAAGAAAGUGGUUCCUCCAGAAUAACAAGUCUAACUUCAGACUCAAAAAAUGGUGCAAAAUUCAGUGGUAGUGAAGUUUGCCUCUCUUCUUUUGUUAACUCUGAUCUCUUACUGGCUGAAAUUCAUAGCCUCCUAGAGAAGGUGCUGAUUCUAAAUAUUCCUAAUGUUGCAAUUCAACUAGUAUCAGAAGAUUUUGAUGUACCUGAAUCACGAUAUGAAAAGGUUUUUCUUGCAAAUACGUGCAAACAGUUACCAAUCUCAGCAUCAAGUCUUGAACUUCUUAAGUUUGGUCUCGGAGACUACGUACUUAAGCACGGAAAUAACUUAAGUAUCAAAUGUAACUCUUGCUUCACAAGUUGGGAGGAUCUCAAAGUUGGAGUGGCUUGCUGCACUGAAAACCGUCUGCACACCGAACUAGUGAUGGAAGCGGUCAUAGUAAUAAGUAAUAUGUCAAUUCAGAACACUACAUGUUUCAGGGAAUAUGGUGACAAAACAGAGGUUUUGUAUUUCAAGGACUUUUCACCAUGUGCAAUGUCUCAAUCUUCUAUGAAGGCAUUGAAAAGUAUUGACUGGAAAAGAUAUGGUUUGCAUUUAGGGGGUAUAGUAGAGCUCGAUGGCACUGCAUUGCUAGAAUGGGAAAACUUGCCUACUGAUACUCACAUUGAUAUUGUCCUCCACUCAUAUCUAAAACAGAUGGUGAUACCCACACCAAGGAAAAUGUCUCAACUUGAAAGAAGCAUUGUUAAAAGAGCUGUUAAGCUUUCUCUGGAUGACUUGAAGGCUAAUCAUUCUGGAGAUUUUCUAAGUUCCCGUGCCCUCCAGAUUCGCAAUUAUGCCCCUGAUCUCGCUCAAUCAAUUGCCGGACUUAUCUUGUCUUCAAGUGACUUAGAUUUCCAGAGAGAAUGCUUUUCUCUACUUGGAUUACAGUCUCAAGAUGUUGGAACUGAAAUAAUGGAAAACAGUAUCAAGGAAAAGAUUGUUUCAGUUAUAGAGACGAAUGACAAGGAUCCCGACAAAUCUAAGGAAAUUGCGCCUUUCCUUUUUGAGGAGGAUGAUCAUAUCCAUGAACCAGAUGUAGAGUUUCAAGAAAGCGAUUUCACCUACUUGGACCCGGACUUGGAUAUGUUUUAAGGCUUUUUAUAAAUUCAUAUUUCAGAUUGCCUCCAUAUAGCAAACAGAAAUGAUACUUGGCGCAAAAAAUGUGACACAUAUGCGACACCACCAUAUUCCACU